ACUCAAAAAUUACUAUCUAAAUGCGCCAAUGUUACCUAACACUACGAAAAUGCAUUCAUUUAAAAGUAUUCCCGGCAUAGCACUAAUCGCAAUGGCUCCUAAAAACAGUGACACCAACGAAA